AUGGCGGCAGAGCCGAGGAGCCACGACUGCGUUUUCCCCGCCACCAAGAAGCGUGGCCAGGACGAUUUCGACAGCGACGAUUUCUACCCUUCCAAGAAAGCCAUGCUGCCCCCCGGCGGCGUCUGGGAGGAUCCCGCCGCCGCCCUGGCCUCCGCUCGCCACGAGUUCGGCGAGCACGGCGGCGUCAACAUGUCCAUCGAGGCCUCCGCCACUUUCACCGUCAUGGAGCCCGAGACCAUGCGCCGCAUGUUCGCCGGCGAGCUCGGCCCCGACCGCGACUUCUUCAUCUACAGCCGCCAUUUCAACCCCACCGUCCUCAAUCUCGGCCGUCAGAUGGCCGCCCUCGAAGCCACCGAGGCCGCCUACUGUACCGCCAGCGGUAUGUCCGCGAUAGCAUCGGUACUGCUGCAGCUUUGCAGCAGCGGGGGACACGUGGUGGCGUCGAGGGAGCUGUACGGUGGAACCCACGCGCUGCUGAGCCACUUCAUGCCGAGGGCAUGCAACAUUACGACGUCGUUCGUCAACAUAACGGACCUGGAGGCGGUGAGGAGCGCCGUGGUCGAAGGGCAGACCAAAGUCCUCUACUUCGAGUCAAUAUCCAACCCGACGCUCACCGUCGCCAACAUCCCCGAGCUCAGCCGCAUCGCUCACGACAAGGGCCUCACGGUGGUCGUCGACAACACCUUCGCCCCGAUGGUGCUGUCCCCCGCCAAGCUCGGCGCCGACGUCGUCGUUCACAGCAUUACCAAGUACGUCAGCGGCGGAGCCGACAUCAUUGCCGGUGCUGUGUGUGGGCCGGCUAGCCUGGUGAACUCGAUGAUGGAUCUGCGCCAGGGGGCCCUGAUGCUACUUGGGCCGACGAUGAACGCCAAAGUGGCCUUCGAGCUGUCGGAGAGAAUCCCUCACUUGGGCCUGAGGAUGAAAGAGCACUGCAACAGAGCAAUGGUUUAUGCGACCAGGAUGAAGAAGAUGGGCCUGAAGGUUAUAUACCCGGGCCUGGAGGAGCACCCACAGCACCAGCUGUUGAAAUCCUUGGCCAACAAGGACUACGGCUUUGGUGGGCUGCUGGCCCUGGACAUGGUGACCGAGGACCGGGCCAACAAGUUGAUGAACCAGCUCCAGAACGUUACUCAGUUCGGGUUCAUGGCGGUCAGCUUGGGUUACUACGAGACCCUCAUGUCCUGCUCCGGCAGCAGCACCAGCAGCGAGAUGAACGAGGAGGAGAAGGAAGUCGCGGGGAUCUCGCCUGGGCUGAUCAGGAUGUCGGUAGGGUAUGUGGGGACUUUGGACCAGAAGUGGGCUCAGUUCGAGAAGGCGAUGUCGAGGAUGCCCAAGUAA